CCCAAGCGUCCUCUCUUUGCUGAUAAAGUGAAGCACGGACCUACGGUUCUGAUUUUGCUUCCAUAUUGUUUUUUCUUCUUUUUAUUUUUUUUUUCCUCGUUGUUCAAUCGGAGCGUUUUCCGAUGAGCCGACAAAUUCGAGUUUGAGUAAGUCGAAAGGAAGGAGGCUUUCGGAUUUUCUUUUUUUAUCUGGAUCUGAGUGAUAAUUUUGCCGAAUCGUGGAGGUGAAAUUCUCAGAUAUUCCAAGCUUUUGCCCUAGUCUUUGAUUCUGCUUCGAUUUAGCCUUUGUUGUUAAGCUUCGAAUUUCGUCUUCUAUCUAUUCCUUAAUCCUCUGUUUGGCUUGUUAAUCUCGCUGGUUUUUCUGGAAGAUUAUGGAAGUAAAGGUAGCUACGACUUGUUUCCAUUGGUCACAGCCAUUUAUUCCUCAUUGUCCUUCAUCUCCGCAAACCCUAGCCUCUACUAUAUUGUCUCCGUCGUCCUCCAAGCGACGGAACUAUGUCGAUGGAGGAUCUCUCGUGUGGCGGUGCGCUCAAAGGUUGGAGCAAUCGACUCUGUUUGGCUCGAAAUCGACCUCGCUCCAUCGGUCGCGAUCUUGCGAGAUUCCGAAGCGGACGAAUCGUAGAAUCAGUAGAACUUGCAGCGCGAGCUUGGAUGCCUUCUCGGACGAGGAAUUUUCCAAGAAGAUUCAGGAACUCGCGCUCAGAUUUCAACAUUCUGCUGAUGAGGAUGAAACUGCCGGUAGCAAUAGCGCUUCCUGUGCAGAUUCAGAUUUUGAUUCAGUAUCCGGAUAUGUAGAGCCAUCGUGGCCUGAAACCGGUCACGAACCUCCAGAUUGGCCGGGGCCUGACGAGCUUGUUCCGGCGAUGAUUGAGCGGAGGGCGAACAGCUUCGAUCUUCCGGUUUCGCUUAGAAUGAUAAAGAAGAAGUUACAAUGGCAAGAGGAUAUCAGAGAAUCGGGGCAAUCUUCUCAUUGCUCCGUCAAAAAGGCCUUCUCAUCUGUUGUGUUUAUGAUUCGCGAACUUCAUAGCUACGCUCUGCGGCUGCGGGAGAUUCUUUAUUUCGAAGAUCUACAGAGCAUUCUCGUUCGUGUCCAGAAAGAAACUCACGCUUCGUUCGUUUGGCUAUUUCAGCAUGUUUUCUCUCAUACUCCAACGUUAAUGGUUUCCGUUAUGAUCCUGUUGGCCAAUUUCACAGUCUACUCCAUGGGGAACAACGCCGCUUUUGCUUCCACUUCGCCGCCGCCAGCCGCGGUGGUUUCAGUCGUCGAAUCACACAACCAACACCACUCAAAUUUCGAUUCAUCCACCAUCAAAACAUUUUCCGUAUCUUCAUCAAGCGGAAAAACGACAUCGAUAGGUGGAAACAAUGGCGGUGGAGGAAAAGUACGGCCAAUCGCCGGCGGAGUCGACGAUGACGGACAGUUCAACCAGUCCGAUCAAUACGGAACGAUCCUUCCGGACAACGCCUCUCAGGUUUCUUCCUUCGGAACGACGAAGGAGCCAGAGUCGGUUUCAAACAGAGAAGAGGAGGAAGCCGAGUUGUGGAAUUCGAUAGUGGAAGAAGCUUCAAAGAUGCGGCAAUGGCGUGACGGAGUUCUGGAUCACGACGCGUUGCAGAAUCUGAUCUCGCCAGUAACGGCGAACAUGGAAUCAGACGAUUACGCAGAUUAUUUAAGAACAGAGCUUCUUUAUCAAACCAGCCUUGUUCAAGAACCUAACAAUCCGCUCCUCCUCACGAACUACGCCCAGUUUCUUUACCUCGUCGGCCAUGAUUAUGACAGAGCCGAGGAGUACUUCAAGCGGGCGGUGGCGUUAGAGCCGCCGGAGGCCGAGGCGUUCGACAAAUACGCCUCCUUCUUGUGGCGAGUAAGGAACGAUUUAUGGGCGGCGGAGGAGACUUACUUAGAGGCCAUCUCUGCCGAUCCUGGCAACUCGUACUACGCCGCUAACUACGCCCAUUUUCUGUGGCACACCGGGGGUGAGGACACGUGUUUCCCCCUCGACUCACACGAAGCCUGAUGAAAACCCUUCUCGAUUAUUAAACUAAUUCCGAGAACCAACACUCCGGCGGCGGUGGCGGCGGUGGAGUGGGCGGUCGGCAUUGAAAGAUUAGAAAUACUGAGUUGUUUAUUGGUGUGCAGCAAGCAUCUUCACGUGGCUACGCUAAUGCUCAAUGAAUGUAUAUUUAAAAUUUCUUUUUCUGGUUUUUGUUCUUUGUUGAUACAUAACAUUUUAUUUCUUUGCUAAUAAAACUGAAAUAAAAUUGUAGAGGAGACAACUCUGAAUA